AAGAAGAUCUCUCCAAGAAGCGAAUUCUAUCCAAGGAAAAUCUCAAUUUCUCUCUCUUUCUUCAGCCAUGGACAAUGCUCCUCUAGUAAGGUGGCCAGGAGACAGAGAGGAAGAAGAAGAUGAGAUUCAAACACUUUCUCGAUCCAAGGCAUUGGUUGCCAAAGUAUGUAAUGAAUCAAAGAAGCUAUGGUACCUUGCCGGCCCUUCAAUUCUCAUUGCUGUCUUUCAGUUCUCUCUCUUCGCCGUUACACAGACAUUUUCAGGCCACCUUGGGGCCACCCAACUCGCCGCUGUUGCAAUGGGGAACCUGGUCAUCUCCGGGAUCGGAUAUGGAUUUCUGAUGGGUAUGGGAAGUGCAUUGGAAACUCUAUGUGGGCAAGCUUUUGGUGCGGGGCAACUUCACAUGCUCGGAAUCUACAUGCAACGAUCAUGGAUCAUUCUCACGGUGACUGCUACGCUAAUAAGCCCCGUCUUCGUAUUUGCGGGCCCGAUAUUGAAGCUCUUGGGCCAGACCGCCCAGGUCUCGGAAGUUGCAGGGAAGUUCUCUAUAUGGAUAAUUCCUCAGCUUUUCGCCUACGGCUUCAAUUUCCCCAUACAGAAGUUCCUCCAGUCUCAAAGCAAGGUGAUAGCCAUGGCAUGGAUGUCAGGCGCUUGCCUGGCGGUCCACAUCCUGCUGAGUUGGCUAUGCAUAAUGAAGCUGGGGUGGGGAUUGGUGGGAGCAGCGAUCACGUUGAAUUUCUCUUGGUGGCUUCUGGUGUUUGUGCAGCUUGCAUAUAUCUUGCUUGGGUCAUGUCCAGGAGCUUGGACUGGCUUCUCAUGUUUGGCUUUUAAGGAUUUGGGUGGCUUUAUAAAGAUCUCCAUGGCCUCAGCUAUCAUGUUAUGCUUGGAGUACUGGUUCGUGAUGAUAUUAAUCGUGUUAGUGGGACAUCUGAAAACAAAUGCAGAAAUAGACGUGGACGCCACAGCUAUAUGUUUGAAUUUGGACGGCUGGAUCAUCCAAGUCCCAAUAGGAUUUAUGGCUGCCAUUAGUGUGAGGGUAUCAAAUGAACUAGGAGCAGGACGCCCAAAAGCUGCUAAAUUUUCAGUGGGAGUUGCAGUUGCGACGUCAUUGACGGUCGGGAUCUUUUUCAUGGUUAUCAUCUUAAUAACGAGGACCAGCUUUCCAGCCCUCUUCACCAAUGAUCCUAAAGUCAUGGCCGAAGUUUCUAGGAUAUCUAGCUUUUUAGCACUCACUAUCGUCCUCAACAGCAUACAACCAGUGUUAUCAGGUGUGGCAGUUGGAGCUGGUUGGCAAGCAGUUGUGUCUUAUGUAAACCUCGGAUGCUACUUUCUAGUUGGGCUGAGUGCUGCAGCUUUGUUGGGUUACAAAUUCGACCUUGGGGUGAAGGGAAUUUGGGGAGGAAUGCUACUCGGGUUCGUAGCACAGAUGAUAAUCCUUUCAGUAAUCACCUUCCGAACGGACUGGAACAAAGAGGCAUCACUGGCACAUGACAGGGUCUCAACUUGGGAAAAAUCUGCAAGAGUUACUACUACAAAUGAUGUUUUUUAAGGAAAGCAACGAUCAAUGUCCAAGUCGAUCGGGCGUUUUCUUGAGAUUCUUUUGAAGAAGAGAAACAUUGUUUAAGCAAACAUAGCUAUGCAAGUCGUAAUGCAUCUUUAGGUUUCUAAGAGUAGAUGGAAUGGCGCCAAAAAAUUUGAAAUCUGAAGAAAUCUUUUUUUCAAAGAAUAAAUUAGUAGUGGUUAAGAUGUAUUUGAUUCACAUAUACAAUUACGUAGAAGAUAAGAUUUUAUUAUUGAGAUCUGAUUCAAUUGCAAUUAUAGAUCCAUUCAAGUCAGAUUUCCUUCCUUCA